AUGCCUGUUAGUCUAGAAUUUAUCAAUCAAUUACAACAUGCAAUAAAUCUCGUAGCAACCAGAAAUGAUACACAAUCAGAACAAGUAGCGAUAAUUCCAUCUGGAACGAUUGAUAUUUCAGCCGGCGAAAAUCAAUUAGUUGAACUUGAUCACCGAUGGGAAGAUCGAAUUCAAAAAUUAACUAGUGCACCAAAUGAUCCUGCAACAUGGGCAGAAAUUCAUUUUAAUGCUUUUCAAAAUAUGAUAUUUGUUGAUAUAAGUUUUAUUAGAGGUUAUAAUGGUUUAUUAGUCUUUACAAAUUCGCAAGGAAAUUAUGUUCUCGAUGCAACAGAACCUUAUACAGGUGGACAAAAUACGGACUUGAUUUCCUAUUAUCGUAGUAGAGUACCUAUUGGACAAGGAUAUAUUGUUCCAGAUGAUCAUUCGAGUUCACAUGGUACACAAGAUACACAUAUUAAUCUUGAGAUUUAUUCAUAG